AUCCUCUUUAGAAAUUUAGAUGCAGCAUUGAUCCUUUCCAGCCUAUUUUAGCUUGCAGGACUCAGAACUCCUCUCUGGGAGGCAAACUGCUGUGCUGGCUGGAAGUGAUUAAUGGCUCACAUUGAAGGACAGCCAUCCCAGAGAAUCGGAAGUAGCCGCCUCCCUCUCUCCCCCAGUCUCCGACAGUGCGUGACUAGAGGCAAGGGCUAGGCUGAUCAGGAACCCUGCCUGUUUACGUCUUGCAGCAGCAGCGGCAGCAGCGUGCCAGGUCCUGUCUUUUAAAUCCUGUUAUCUGCUGUGGAAGUAGCCAAUGGCCGUGACGUACGAGAUAAGGAAAUGUUAUGAUGGAGACUCUGCACCCUCUUGUUUUGCGACCCCUUGUUUGCAGCAACUUUGCUUCAAAGAGUUGUGUGCUGCAUUGAGUUACUAGCAGCACUCUCCCUGCAAGACCUGACAAUCCUGCAGCCUGUGGUUUUACUUUUGAGGCAGGAAAUCAAUCUGAGCUUGAGGUCUCCUGGGUUCUAUUUCUAAAGGACUUUGUUUGGGCGGCAGCGGACUAAUAACAUUAUCCAGUAGUUUGUCAGCGUCCAAAUUCCUGUACUUUUGUCACUACGCCUGACAUAAGUACAGCCCUGCUGGUAGACUCCAGCGGAUUCAUUCACUUUGUAAAAAUGAUCUUCAAAAAUGCAGAAGCGUGGCAAACGUUCAGGUACAAAAAAGAUGAGACUACAGUGAAGCUUGGGCUGUCUACUGGCCAAGCUCUGACAGCCCUGCGCGAGCAGCUGUCAGCCCUGCUGGAGGAGACCAAGCAGCAGGGCAGGAAGGAAACCACCUGGCAGAACUUGUGGGGAUGGACUUUUCUUCACCAGGACAACCGCUAUUCCAGCUUCCAUUGGCCCGGGGCCGCCCUGACACUGCUGGCAGUCAUUGCCCUGCUCUGUUGCUAUGGGAGCCAGCCACAGGGAAGCCAGGGGAUCGAGAUUGUGAACGCGGGGGCGCUGUUCCUGCUGCUCCUCCUAAACCUCUUUCUGAUUGGACGGCAAGAGAGGCUGAAGAACAGUGAGGUAGUCCGCCGGCUGCAGGCGAUUAUCGACAAGUUGAACAACACGCUGUGCAAUGCAGACACAGUGAAGUGGGCUCCAUCUCUGUUCCCGGACCUGUACAUGCCCUCUGCCCCGUCCUGGUCCCUGCACUGGGUCUACAGAGAUGGGCAGCUCGUCAACAUGCCUGUGAGCCUGCUGGUGGAGGGGGACGUGAUCGCUCUGCGGCCUGGACAGGAGUCUUUCGCAUCGCUCCGUGGAAUCAAGGAUGAUGAACACAUAGUCCUGGAGCCCGGAGACAUGUUCCCACCCUUCUCACCACCCCCCUCUCCUCAAGGAAAACAGAAAAAGGGGCCCCAGAACCCCCAGCAGUUCCGCCUCUUCAGAGUGGUGCGGACCCCCGUCAUUGACCACGUCAGGCACAGUCUGGACUUCGCCCUGUCCCGCCCUGUGACGGCACUGGAUAACGAGAGGUUCACAGUCCAGUCUGUGAUGGCCAAAUUCGCCUGUCCUGUAGUGCUGUCUGCCUUCCUCAUUACAAACACAGUGCGCUUCUUUGUCAACGCCCCUGGAGUCACACCUUGGCAGUUCAGUUUCAUACAGCUUCAGGUGAAUGGUGUUCUCCCAAUUCUGCCUCUUGUGUUCCCGGUGAUGUGGGUCCUGGUCACAGCGUACGGAGAGGCCCGAGUAUUGGCAGAGUCCAGCAAGGCCUCUCCCACUGGCCUGCUGGCUAAGUUCUCAGAGGAUACUCUAAGCAGCUUCACGGAGGUGGUGUCUUCACAGGAGAUGCUGCGUUGCAUCUGGACACACUUCCUGUGCGUCUUGCAGGGGAGGUCCAUGACGCUGUGCUACACGUCGAGUCUGCUGCACAGCCUGGGCUCAGUCACAGUGCUGUGCUGUGUGGAUAAGCAGGGGAUCUUAUCGUGGCCCAACCCCAGUCCUGAGACGGUGCUGUUCUUCAGCGGAAAGGUGGAGUCGCCCCAUGACAGCCAGGAGGACCUGAAAGACGACCUCUCCAUGGGGUCCUUCUGCAGGACUGAGGGGGAGGAGGACCGAGACGAGGCGCAAGAGGUGGAUGCCCUGUUAUGUGCUGCUCCCCCUGCCCUGGACUCUCUGUGCAUGGAGAACGAGCAGCAGCACAGCGAGACCUCCCUUGACACUCCGCACUCCUCCGACACCCAGAGACAGAGCCGACAGACAGACAGCCGUCGAACCAAGCACCCCUCGGGGUCCAAUGUGAGCUUCAGCCGGGACACUGAGGGCGGGGAGGACCCUUCACAGCUGUGCGGGGACAGCCUGGGCUGCGAGGCGGAGGAUUACGUGUGUGAUUACCACCUGGAGAUGCUGAGCCUCUCCCAGGACCAGCAGAACCCUGUCAGCAUCCAGUUCGACGAGUCCAACUGGCAGUACCACCUGACCUCACUGAAGCCGCUGGGGCUGAACAUCCUGCUGAACCUGUGCAACGCCAGCGUGACCGAGCAGCUAUGCCGCUUCUCUGACCAUCUGUCCAACAUCGCGCUGCAGGAGACGCACUGCUCCGUGCUGCCCGUCCAUAUCCCUUGGGGUCUCUGUGAGCUCGCCCGCCUCAUAGGAUUCACCCCGGGAGCGAAGGAGCUGUUCAAACAGGAGAACCACCUGACCCUGUACCAGCUUCCCUCCGCUGAGCUGGACAAGGAGAUUGUGCCCCGGAGACUGCUCCCCGUCAACAAGAGGCAGCCACCGCUGAGCCACCUCAUCAGCCUCUUUGUCAGAGACACCACAAGCAAUAACGUGCAGAUGUUGUCUCACGGCACCGCAGACCUGAUCCUGGAGGCCUGCACUGACUUCUGGGAUGGAGCAGAUAUCUACCCACUCUCCGGCUCUGACAGGAAGAAGGUUCUGGAUUUCUACCAUCGGGCCUGUCUCUCUGGCUACUGCUCUGCGUUUGCAUACAAGCCCAUGCAGUGCACGCUGUCCCCGCUGCUCAAUGGGAAGUGCGUGGAACUGGCCCAGGUGCCUGGACAGAAUGCCAUCUUCACCUCAUUCGAGCUGCCCGGGACCACGCCCGUCAAGCACAGCAGCCGCCGCAACAGCUGGAGCUCCGACGAGGGGAUCGGCGAGGUAAUGGAGAAGGAAGACUGUGUGCAGGCGCUCAGUGGGCAGAUCUUCAUGGGUAUGGUGUCCUCGCAGUACCAGGCGCGUCUCGACAUUGUGCGGCUAAUUGACGCACUCAUCACGGCCUGCAUCCGCUUCGUCUACUUCUCUAUGGAGGAUGAGCUCAGGAGCAAGGUAUUUGCAGAGAAGAUGGGGCUGGAGACUGGCUGGAACUGCCACAUCUCCCUCACACCCAACAGUGAUGGCUCGGAUAUUCUCCCGCCCAGCCCCAGCCAGGCAGGCUCUCUGCAAGAACACCUGCUGCAAGAGUCCCGGUAUGAGGAGGUAACAGGCCCCCUGUUACAGGAGGAGGAGGGACUCUCGGAGCUCAUCAGCUUCCAGCCCACAGACAGCGAUGUGCCCAGCUUCCUGGAGGACUGCAACCGGGCCAAACUUCCUCGAGGAAUCCACCAAGUGCGCCCCCACCUCAACAACAUUGACAACGUGCCUCUGCUGGUCCCGCUGUUUACAGACUGCACGCCCGAGACCAUGUGUGAGAUGAUCAAGAUAAUGCAGGAAAACCGGGAGGUGACCUGCUGCCUGGGGAGCUCGGCCAACUUCAGGAACAACUGCCUCUUCCUUCAGAGUGAUGUUAGUAUCGCUCUGGACCCCCUGUACCCGUCACGCUGCUCCUGGGAGACUUUCGGCUAUGCUGCCAGUGCCAACCUGGCCCUGGAUUCGGAGGAACUCACCCCCCUACAGCUCUCCAGCCUCCUCAACGGUCUGUCCUGUUCCAUCUCCUUCCACCAGGAGGAGACCAUCAGCAUGGUCAAGCUCAUCGAGCAGGCUCGGCACACGACUUACGGGAUCAGAAAGUGCUUCCUGUUCCUGCUGCAGUGCCAGCUCACCCUCGUGAUAAUCCAGUUUUUAGCUUGCCUUGUCCAACUCCCUCCUCCAAUCAACAUCACAGACAUCCUCUGGCUGUCCUGCAUCUGCUACCCAUUACUCAGUGUGUCGUUGCUGGGGAAGCCUCCAGACAGCUCUGUAAUGACGGUGGCAACGGGGAAAAAUCUUGACGCCAUUCCAAGAAAAACGCAGCAGUAUUUCCUGGUGUGUUUUCUGGUGAAGUUCAGCAUCACUGUCAGUGCCUACCUCAUCUGUUUCGGCUUCACUCUGCAGGAAUUCUGCCAUAAAUCCAGCAACAUCACUGGCUGCUCCUCCAUCAUGGCAAAUAGUUCCUCUGUGGAGGCCCCCAGCUGGUUUGGGGAUCUGUCCAGUGGUCUGCUGCUCAUACAGAAGGUGAUGGCAGGAUUCCUGGCGCUGCACACAGUGGUUAUCUCACUCAGCCACGUCCAUCGAUCCAAACCUGUCUGGAGGAAGAGUCCCUUCAGUAAUACCUGGUGGUGCCUCACUGUGCCUGUGGUAUUGCUGGGCCAGGUGAUUCAGGCAGCAGUGGAUUUUCAGCUGUGGGAUAACGUCCGAUCCCCAGUGACCUUUGCCCUGCAGGACAUCCCACUGCUGUCCUGGCUCCUGGUGUCUCUCUCUCUGAUUCUGGUGGUGGUGGUCAAUGAGCUGGUCAAGCUGCACGAGAUCAGGGUACGAGUUCGCUAUCAGAAAAGACAGAAGUUGCAGUUUGAGACAAAGCUAGGAAUGAACUCUCCGUUCUGAGGACCUCUUUGAGAGGGAAGCACCCUUAUCUGGGAGGAGAGCCAGGCACACAGCUCCAUUAUGGGGAGGGCCAGCAGCAGGAGUCCUCACGAUCACUAGGCCCAGCCACCCACACUUGAGCCAGGGCAACCUUUCCAUCACUCCACUAAGACCAGAUGGCUCUACAAAGCAUCCCCUACAGACUGCCUUUGAUGUCUCUGCUGUACUGUGAAGUAAAUUAAGGGUUCAUCAAAACUACUGUCACACAGGUCAAUAUGUCUGCUUUUCUUACAUUAUUUUAAAACAAAAGUCUGGUACUGAGAGCCUUAGUAACAGAAGUUCUGAAGAGGUUUUAUUUUUUUGUGAAACAAUAAUGAAUUAAAGCUAAGCCAUCCACCAAAAGCCUUCUGAUCUAACAUUAAGAAUUAAGUAAUUGGAAAUAAAAAAAAAUAAUAAAAAAACGGGAAUGUUUUGGGGACAAGGCAUAUCUCUUGUGAAUCAUGACCAAAAAAUAAUAGAAAUGGUUUGAGCUGAAAAUAAUACAAAAAAAGUUGACAGCUGUGAAGAAAACUAGUCAAAAUAAUGUAUGUGUUUUUUUGUUUUAUUUUAUUAAAUUUUUUUUUUUUUUACUAUAUAAAGAUUUGCUUAAGAGAAAUGCUUAAACCUACAUUUCCUUCAGAUUUUUUUCGCCUAAUUUAUUUUUUUAAAUGUAUCAACUAAUCAUUACGAUUUAGUUUUUCUUGUAAAUUAUCAGAAAAGUUCAGAUUAAUAUGCACUGUAUUUCAGGUCAGUUUUGACCUUGGCAUGUAUUGGUCAAACUAAUACUCCUGUUCUUGUUGUAGACCUGAUCCAUCAAUUUGGAUCACAUUCUUGAUCUCAUUUGCAACACAAUGUCACUAACAUGACUGCCACAGCUGUGCACUUUAAAUGCUAUUAAAAUAGGUCACUAAAACCUUCACCCACAGUAGGCACAUGUGUAUAUAACUGUGGCUUGCAGUAUAUAUGUACCAAGAUUCUGAAGCUCUCUAUUUAAUUGUGCAAACAUGAUCUUACCAAAUCUCAUCACAAUGGCACAAACUUUUCUCUUGAUUUCAGUAAAAAGGUGUUUAUACAGAGUAUAGAAUACUCUAUAUAUACACCUGUAUGAUACAGGCUGAUGUCCACGCCACAAGAAGUCAGAUUGGCCUAGCCAUGACUGGGCUUACUGGCCUGUGAUCUUGAGCAAGUGAAAAUCAGCUUUAUAAUAUAUAGUUAAAUAAGAAUUAAACGGUAUAGAUAAUCUUAGCCUCAUGUAUAUCAUAGCUCUCCAUCCUAGUUCUUCAGCUUUGCUUUGAAACGUGUAAAUCAAACUGUGAAACUCACUUUACUUUAACGCUACUGAAUUUGACACAAAUGCAAGUGAUGGACCAGGGGGGUAUUGUCAAGAGUGGCCCCCGGAUCUACUGGUGGAAUAUUACUACCUCCACGUGUUUAAUGCACAUGACAUACCUGAGGGGGAUUUGCCAUCUGUAGUUUAAAUGUUAUGUGUUUUGCAGUCAGCAUGUCAUUUAAAGCCAUGUUGCAAGUCUGUCAAUCAUACCCUUGUAAAGCUAUCUACAGGGUAUUCCGUUGGUUUCUUGAGGUUGUACAGAUGAGAUAGAUGUUGGUUGAAAUGUUUCAUUCACAGAAGCAAAGUAUCAUUUUUACAGGAUCUCGCGUAUCUUAGGAGCGUUUACAGUACAGAUUAGGGUUAAUGGAACAUGCUUGGUGUUCCAAAGUGUUUCCAAAGCAGUGGCUAGUUUGUGUAAAGAAAACCGCCCAGCCCAGCAGAGUUUCAACUCAACAGGCAGGUGAAAUCAAAGUAUCACAGUACUUGCUACUUUUCCUGGCCACAAGUAGAGGCGGCUCAUUUUUUAAAAAUAUGCAGAGCUUUUUGGCAGCAUAAACAGAAACAUGAUGGUUUUGUGUGGGUAACACACAAAAAUAAUCAGUCAAGCUGUGAGUAAAGACAUAACCAAGGACUUUGUUUAUUGGGGGUCUAUUUUAAUGGUUUAAAUACUCCUGCUUCCUAACUGUUAUUCCAGCUGUUUUAUUUAUUCCAUUUUUUCAACUGGGUGAUUCUAUUUAACCCCUUACAAGUGCUGUUAAAUACAGUACAGAGUGAUUCAUAAUUCACACAACAGUGUUGUUUUCAACUCUGCUUAACUGUUUAAAGUAGAUGAGUCUCUGCAUAUCAUCCUCCACGUAUCCAACGUUGUACGAAGUCUGAAUGGUCCUGUAUGAUACCGUGGAAAGAGGCAAGUCAGGUUAGGAGUCUGACGAUGUUUAGCUCAUUAAAACAGGCCCCAUUGUUUAAAAAUGUAUUUCCAAAUGGGAGGGGUGAAAUGUCAGGACAGUUAAGAAACAAGGAUAAUAAUGCAGUACUGUCCUCAUGAUGGAUUCACUUCUCAGCACUUGUAGCCCUGAUGAUAGCUACUGGAUUAUAUCCUACUGAUUAUUAUCCUAUUUCUUAGAUGCUACAGACGUGCUUUCACAUUCACGUUGCUACAAGCUGCCUGAAAAGACCAGACUGGGAGAGAACAGUCAGUGCAAUACAGAGGGAUGAGAUCCGUUUCAGCAGAUCCGUGGCUGUUUAGAUUAUUGAAGUAGACCCCAUUGUUCAGCAGUUGUGAGAGUCAGUAUUUGGCUCAUGCUGGUUUACAGAAUAUUAUAGCAGGGUUUAACCAGAGACCUCUGUUACAGAGAAAGUAAACUUUUAAAUAAACAAGGACAGGACUGGGUUGACUGCGAUUGUCUGCCCAGAACAGCACAACAUGUAUCAUGUUAUGUGAGCUUGAGAGUGUGGUGCAAAAAGUGCUAUUUAUGUAGAAGAUAUGUUAAGCUUGUUUAAAUCUGAGCACCUAGUCUACAUGCAAUGGCGUUCUUCACUGUGGCUGUAAAUCUGCCUUUUAUCUGCAAGAGAAAGCAGAAUCGUUUUGAUACAAAUUUAGGAACAGGGUAGAAUAGCAUUCAACGCUCAGCUUUGGCAACCCCAUAAAGAAACUCAACUUUAAUUUAAUGAAAAAUCCUUUCAAACAAAAGGUGACAUUAGGAAUCACAGUAAUACUUUUGCUACUCCAAACCAGUCAGGACCUGCCUCCUGGUCUGAACACUGAUUUGUUUGGAGUACUGAUCAGAAUCUACCAUACUGGCAAUUCCUUGUCUUUAUGUUUUUGGUUCACUCACACACAAAACAGAGAGUUGUACAUUUUUUAAUAAGUUUAAUAUACUCCCUAAAAAAUGUAAUCAAAAAUAAAAAAAGUAUAUAUUUGGGUUUGAUUUGCAGUGAUGUUUAAAUUCACCCACACAAUCUGCAUGCGUUUCACUGUGAUAGCGUGGUUCAGAUUAUGGGUCGAUUGCUUCAGGCCACCGUACUGGGAUAUAAAGUUACCAGAGCUCCCCAGCCAGUAAACCCCAGCACAGAAGUGAGGAUCCUGAAAUCAACAGUCAUCAAUGUCCAGUCCCUUCGGUGACAGCUGGUCAAUGUCCCCAAACCCUAACCCCAACCCCCACCCCUGUGCAUGCUCAACAAAACUAGUGCAUCAAAUUGCCAGAUGCACAAUGCAGUUUUAUGCAGAAAACUAUUUGCAAGAAUGACUAUUAAAUAUGUCAGUUUUAUAAAUGGUGUAUAUUUUAUAAAAUGUUUAGAUGUAUGUAAAAUGAUCUUUCUGAUUUUUAAGAUGAAUUGUCUCAAAUAAUGUAAGGAUAAUAAAUAUCUUUCUAAAGUG